AAUAAGUGUUCUGUGUUGUAAUGACUUGUCACUUGACUCUGGAAGCUGGAAAUUGCAUUAAAAAUAAAAAGUAAUUGAAAUAUAGAUAGAAGAAUACUUUAUUUUGAACUCACAUUAAAGGGACCAUUUGGAACAUGCCACGGAACACUAUUACUCAAACGAGGAAGGUGCACUAUUUACAUCCUAUCCUUUUCAAAUAAAGUUCUCUCAGGAAGUUAAUGAUGGACACUACAACUACAAGGUGUCGAUGUUGCUUAGCGAAAUUUUCACAUAAAGAUCUUUACACGCCAUAUACUUAUUUUGGUAAAGUCGAAGUGUUUGGAGACAUGCUAAAGGAAUGCUUUAAUAUUAGCAUACCAUUGGGCCACACAAAUGAAAAUGGUAUAUGUGAUACUUGUGUAUCAAGGCUAAGAGAAGCGAUUGAAUUUAAGACAAUGGUGCAACAAAGCCUAAAGGAUCUAGAGGAUGCACCAAUUAAAAAAUAUGAGUGUGAAAUUGAUGUGAAAGAAGAAGCCGACAGUGAUAAUGGAGACAGUGGAAUGUUACUCUAUGCAUUGAACGACGAGCAGGCCUUAAACGGCAACGACGAUGAUGAUGAUAUGAAGCUAGCUGACAUACUUGGGCUGAACUCGAAGAAACUUGGCAAGAAGAAAUCAAAAAAACAUGUCAAAGCUAAGGAUGAUUGUUCAGCACCGACCUUAAAGAUCUCACUCAGAAGAAUAAAGAGUACCGACUGUGAUAUGCUAUUUGUAACGGACAAUAAGAAACACAGGAAUAAUGUUAAGAAAAUACUAAAACAUUCAAACUGUACACCAUUCUCAAACAAGACUAUUGCAGGAAUAGUCUGUGCUUAUUGUAAAAUGACGUUCAAAGAUAUCCACGAAGUAAGAACACAUGUUGCAGAAGAACACAGUACAGCUGUUUUGAAUGACGGCCGGGACAAGACUAAUCUAAGUGUUAAAAUGGACAUCACCGAUCUGAAAUGCAAUAUUUGUAGUGCAAACAUGAAGCGAAUAGCUGAAUUGAAGAAGCACUUGACUGCUGAGCAUGAUAUUAAAUUCUAUCCGGAUCUGUAUGAUUACAUACUUGAGUUCAAAUUGACGGAUGGUGAAAUAUUAAACUGUGCACUGUGCUCUUCUACGUUUGAAACUUUCAAAAUGCUGUUGCAGCAUAUGAAUGGACAUUAUAGGAAUUAUAUUUGCGAAGUCUGUGAUAUGGGUUUUAUAAACAAGCAUAGAUUGUCAAACCAUAAGCGUACACAUGAAACAGGCACAUUUAAAUGUAGUUUUUGUGAUAAGAUAUUUACAACCAAAAUAAGGAAAAUGUGCCACGAGAAAUACACUCAUAAUACAAACGCAAGAUACACGACAAACUGUCCGCACUGUGAUCAGUCGUUCAAUAGUUACUAUCAGCGAAACAGGCAUAUGUUCAAGGAGCACAACACGGCAGCGGCUACUUAUAAAUGCAAUGUUUGCGACAAAUCGUUUAUACUCAAGUCUAAACUGACAUCUCAUAUAAAGAAAGUACAUCUUAUGGAGAGGAAUCAUAUAUGCCCUGACUGUGGUCAAGGUUUCUUUAUAAAGCAGUCGUUGGAUGAGCAUAUGAUAAAGCACAACGGUGAAAGGGUGUUCAAGUGUUUGGUGUGCCAUAAAGCAUAUGCGAGGAAGAAAACGCUAAGGGAACAUAUGAGGAUACAUAAUAACGAUAGACGAUUCAAGUGCGGUUUGUGUGGUCAGGCUUUUGUGCAGAAGUGUAGUAUGAAGAGUCACAUGUUGUCGAAUCAUGGUGUUACUCUGUCCGACGUUGUGAAUGAUAGCAAUGGUGUUGUGAAAACGAUAAUAUCUUAACACAGGAUGGUUUUAAUAGUAGUGUUAUCCAAUAAUCCUAUUAAAGACAUAUUUCCAACUUA